AUGCCGACCUUGGCUUCACUUGAAUACAGCAGGGCGUCGCCCUCAGACGCACGUACGCUCAGCGGAAUUAGUGCCGCCCCACAUCCUUCAACAGCCGGGCAACGUCCAUCUUCACUUCACUUCAUGCCGACCUUGGCUUCACUUGAAUACAGCAGGGCGUCGCCCUCAGACGCACACCCGCUCAGCAGAAAUAGUAUCGCCCCACAUCCUUCAUCCGGGCAACCCGGGCAACGUCCAUCUUCACUUCACUUCAUGCCGACCUUGGCUUCACUUGAAUACAGCAGGGCGUCGCCAUCAGACGCACACCCGCUCAGCAGAAAUAGUAUCGCCCCACAUCCUUCAUCCGGGCAACGUCCAUGGCUCAUCGGCUUCAUGCCGACCACGCCUUCACUUGAAUACAACAGGGCGUCGCCCUCAGACGCACACCCGCUCAGCGGAAUUCGUGCCGCUCCACAUCCAUGA